GGGAGCAGGCAUGCGCCAGGCGGUGGAGGAGGGCCUCGGCACCGCUGUUUGGCAAUCCGCCGUCUAGUCUUCUGGGAUACAUGGAGCUCGCACCUCUCGACUACAGGCUGAGGGCCUUACAGGCGACCCCUGCUUCGUCUGACAGUGCCUUCACCCUCAUCCACCCCAAACACUCAACAAAUGGAGACGAUGGAUUCAGGAGUUGGAACAGUCCGACGAUUCCCCGAAGUCCGGAGUAUAUUACCUCUUCCAAACCAGAAUCCAGCCCUACAGAAGAAAUCAAAUUCGGCGUGGACAGGCUGAUGAAGUCGGAGACGGACGAGGACGAGGACCGGGGGCGGAAGGAUUCGGCGGACGUGACGACGAUGACGACCGAUGGCGGCUGUUCGUCGCCGGAGCUGGAGGUGGACUCGCCGCCGCCCCCGCAUACAUCGCGUCCGCACAAAAAUUCCGAACUGUUCAGUGUGAGUGCCCUGUUGCGGUCGGACGUGCCCCGGGCGAAACGUCCCUCACCGCCCCCGUUUCAUCCCCUGCUCUCGAGGCACGGCCUUCCGCUCUACCCACCCGUCAAAGAGGACGCCAACAGGAACCUCCUCUCAGGAUCUCUCUACCUCAGCCUAGGGGCCAUGCAUUAUGCCAUCGCCGCCGCAAACCCCGCAGGCUCGUCGAGUAGUUUACACCCGAUGGGUAGCAGCUCGGAAGACCUGUACAGGCUGCGGCAACAGCUGAUGGCCGGCGGUCCGAGCCAUCCCCACGACCAUCAUCACCACUUCCUCGCCCCCGACGUCUACUCCUGUAUCAAAUGCGAAAAAAUGUUCCCGACGCCCCACGGCCUCGAAGUACACUCGCGGAGGUCGCACAACGGCAAACGGCCGUUCGCCUGCGAACUCUGUAACAAGACUUUCGGCGCCGAGGUCUCGCUAUCGCAACACAGGUGGCUCUGCUGUCGCAGGUCUGUACAUAAUGUGGAAAAAGUGUUCCAGUGCAAACAGUGCGGGAAGACGUUCAAAAGGAGUUCCACGCUCUCCACCCACCUCCUCAUACAUUCGGACACGAGGCCGUACCCGUGCCAGUUCUGCGGGAAACGAUUCCACCAGAAGUCCGAUAUGAAGAAGCACACCUACAUUCACACAGGAGAGAAACCUCACAAAUGUCAGGUCUGCGGGAAGGCGUUCUCUCAGUCGUCGAACCUCAUAACGCACAGCAGGAAGCACACGGGCUACAAACCGUUCGCCUGCGAUCUCUGUGGCAGGGCUUUUCAGCGGAAGGUGGACCUGCGGAGGCACAAGGAAACGCAGCACGCAGAACUGAGGCCCGUCACGCAAAUGCCACCCCAACUGGGACCCACUUAAACGCAUCUCGUCAAUAUGAAAUUAGUUAAUAUUUUGUUAAUUGUGAUAUUAAUUUAUAGUCAAGCAUUCUUCUUUACGUUUAUUAAAUUAAAACUCUAAACUAAAAAA